AUGAAUGUUGAUGACAAGCCUGUUUGUGUUUCCAGACGAGCCAGGUGGGAGCACAGUCAGCCCUAUCUCACGCUCAGCAUGGCUCACUGUGCUCGAGAGCGUCCUGAGCUCCAUCGGCACAUCGAGGAGGGUCUGGGCAAGAACAUGUCAGAGAGAUGCUCCACCUCGAUCACCAGCUCCCUGCAGGCCACACAAACCGACAUGAUCGAGGGUCUGAAGCCUCUGCUGCCCAACCUGGUCAGAGAGCAGGUGGACAAGCUGGUUCCUCGUCAGUGCUUCAGCCUCAGUUACGACUUGGCCUGUGACAAGCUUUGCAGUGACUUCCAGGAGGACAUCAGCUUCCACUUCUCUUUGGGCUGGACCAUGCUAGUCAAUCGCUUCCUUGGGCCCAAGAACACCCGACGGGCCCUAAUGGGCUACAACGACCAGGUCCCUCGUCCGAUGGCCCUGACUCCAGUCAGCACCAGCAUGCCUCCAUUCCCACAAAGCUCCGUGACCCAAGAGGAGCUGAUGGUCUCCAUGGUGACUGGUCUCGCCUCCCUUACCUCCCGUACUUCCAUGGGUGUCCUUGUGGUGGGCGGCGUGGUCUGGAAAGCAGUGGGCUGGCGUCUGAUCGCCCUGUCAGUGGGUCUGUACGGACUCCUCUACAUCUACGAGCGGCUCACCUGGACUACCAGGGCCAAGGAGAGAGCCUUCAAGAGACAGUUUGUGGACUACGCUAGCGAGAAGCUUCAGCUCAUCGUCAGCUACACCGGAUCCAACUGCAGCCACCAAGUCCAGCAGGAGUUGGCAGGUGUGUUUGCCCAGCUCUGCCAGCAGGUAGACGUUACCCGUCAGAACCUGGAGGAUGAGAUCACUGACAUGAACAGCAAGAUAGAGCUGCUGGACGGCCUCCAGAGCAAGGCUAAGCUGCUGCGGAACAAGGCUGGCUGGCUGGACAGCGAGCUCAACAUGUUCACCCAGCAGUACCUCCACCACAGCAAGUAAACCACACCUGAGGGAUGCCUUCUGAAGUUUCCCCUCCAGUGGAUGAGAGGAAAUCCUCCACAAUGUUGUGUACAAAAGAGAAGAAAUGGAAGGGAUGGUUUGGAUAUCUGAAAGGAGUGACGGGGUUACAGGCUGGUUGUGUUAUGGAUAGUCCUGCAGUCUGCUAGAGACUGGUCACACAACAAUAAUUGAAUUAGCUAUUUUAUAAGCCACAACAUGAUUUAACCAUACCCCAGAACUGAAUGCUGAUGCUCAUUGUUCAUGUUCAGCUGUGGUGUCUACAAAUGAACAUGAACCUGAGGUCUCCAGAUGGCUCAUCAACCUGACCCCAGAGCAGUAGUAGUCCCAGCUCUCUCAUUAACACUGAUUGACUUGUUCCACAUUUUGUCCUUUAAAUCUGACUCCAGUUAACUCUGCCAUAUUCACUUGUGUAGAUUUGAUUUUGUAUAUACAUUUUGAACACUGGGCGAGUGCUGAAGUAAAACAGUUGUGAAAUGCU